AUGCAUAGCAGGUAUGUGUGCAAAGAAGCGAGCCAAAGUGAUCGGUUCUGGUGUGGUGUCUGCGCAGGCCAGAGGAACAUUCUGAUCACGAGCGCGCUGCCGUAUGUGAACAACGUGCCCCACCUGGGAAACAUCAUUGGCUGCGUGCUGAGCGCGGACUGCUACGCGCGCUACUGCCGAUCCCGGGGCUACAACUGCAUCUACGUCUGCGGUACCGAUGAGUACGGGACCGCCACAGAGACCAAGGCGCUGGAGGAGGGGCUCACAUGCCAGGAGAUCUGCGACAAGUACAACGCGAUCCACCGGGACAUCUACCAGUGGUUUGACAUCGACUUUGACAAGUUUGGCAGGACGCCCACGUGGCAGCAGACCGAGAUUGCACAGGGCAUCUACAGUGUGCUGGAGGAUGCAAAACAGCUGGUGGAGCAGGAGAGCCAGCAGCUGUACAGCGAGGCUGCCGGCAAGUUCCUGGCCGACCGCUUCGUGACUGGAACCUGCCCGAAGUGCGCAUACGAGGACGCCCGGGGUGACCAGUGCGACCAGUGCGGCAACCUGCUGGCAGCGGAGGAUCUCAUAAACCCCAAGUGCAAGCUGACGGGGACGGUACCAGUCCUGCGUCCCACCAAGCACGUCUACCUGGAUCUGCCCUCGCUGACACCUCAGCUGCAGGCUUACAUCACCUCCUCCUCCCAUGCCGGCGGCUGGUCCUCCAACUGUGUGCAGGUGACGAACGCGUGGAUGAGGGAUGGGCUGAAGCUGCGCUGCAUAACGCGCGACCUCAAGUGGGGUACGCCGGUGCCGCGGCCGGGCUACGAGGACAAGGUGUUCUACGUCUGGUUCGACGCCCCCAUUGGCUACAUCUCCAUCACAGCCAACUACACCCACGACUGGAAGGCGUGGUGGCAGAACCCGGAGAAUGUGGACCUGGUGCAGUUCAUGGGCAAGGACAACGUUCCCUUCCACACCGUCAUUUUCCCGGCCACGCUGCUUGGCACGCGCCAGCCUUGGACGCUCAUGAAAUCUAUCAGCGUCACCGAGUACCUCAACUACGAGGGCGGCAAAUUCUCCAAGAGCCGAGGGGUUGGCGUCUUCGGCAACGACGCCAAGGACACCGGCAUCCCCAAUGUGCAUGCACAGGUGUGGCGGUAUUUUUUGCUGAGCAACCGGCCGGAGACGUCCGACACGGACUUCAAGUGGUCGGACCUGGCCGCCAAAAACAACUCCGAGUUGCUUGCCAACCUGGGCAAUUUUGUCAACCGCUCCCUCUCGUUCGCUGCCUCCAGGCAAGCACCUUGCUUCCUCCCAGCUUAUUUGUACGACGGUGUCAUUCCUGCCGGCACAGCCGAGGCGGCGCAGCCGGCGAUUGCCGAGUUGAACGGAAGGGUGGGCCCACUUGUGGAGCAGUACGUGGCAGCCCUGGAGAAGAUCAAGCUCAAGGAGGGCAUCCGCCUCGUCAUGGCCAUUUCCGCAGCCGGCAACAAGUUCUUCCAGGACACGACCCCAUGGGUGGUGGUAAAGGAGAACAAGGAGCACUGCGGAGCUCUGAUCAACGCAUGCGCCGGCCUUUGCGUGCUGCUGGCUGCCCUGGUGGAGCCGUACAUGCCCUCCAUCACACGAAAGGUCCUAGAGCAGCUGAAAUGGGCGCCCGAGGACGCGAGGCUCAGCGAUGGGCUCAUUUCUAAGGCGGGCGCAGUGCACACGAUUGUGCCGGAAGGACACCAUAUGGGGCAGCCGCAGGUGCUGUUCCGCACCAUCCCCAAGGAGGAGGAGGAGGCGCUGCGCACGCAAUUUGCCGGCAGCCAGGCCGACCGCGCAUCAGGGGCCGCAUCCACUGGCGCAUCGGCCGGCGCUGCCGCGGCCGGCAGCGCGCAGAGCAGCGCUAGCAGCAGCAAAGCCCCUGGGAAAGCAAAGGGUGACAAGGGCGGCGGCAAGGGGAAGAAGGCGGACGCGCGGCCGGUGGACCUGUCUCUGCUGGACCUGCGAGUGGGAGUCAUCCGGAAGGCGGAGCGCCACCCGGACGCAGAUUCACUCUACGUGGAAGAGGUGGACUGCGGAGAGGCGGAGCCACGCACCGUGGUGAGCGGGCUGGCAAAGUUCAUUCCCCUGGAGGCCAUGCAGGGGAAGAGAGUGGUUCUGGUGGCCAACCUCAAGCCUGCCAACAUGCGCGGUGUCAAGAGCCAGGCCAUGGUUCUCGCUGCCACCUCCCCCGAUGGCACCAGGGUUGAGCUUGUGGAGCCUCCGGAGAGUGCAGCGCCCGGGGAAAGAGUGACAGCAGAUGGAUUCGAAGCAGAGCCCGAGGAGCAGCUGAACCCCAAGAAGAAGCAGUUCGAGCAGAUACAGCCCGACCUGCUCACAAAUGCUGACUGCCUAGCCUGCUAUAAGGGGCUGCCCUUAAAGUGCAAGGCCGGCCCCUGCAAGGUUGCCUCUAUUGUUGGCGGGGGCAUCAAGUAG